AACGGAAGAAACACUUGACUGGAGAAGCAGCUGAUAUAUAUGUGGAAUAUAACUACAAGACAGCAAAAUGAGUCGAACUUACAAUGAUGAAUUGCAGUUUUUGGAUAAAAUCCACAAGAAUUGCUGGCGAAUCAGGAAGGGAUUUGUUCCAAAUAUGCAGGUAGAGGGUGUCUUCUACGUAAAUGAUCCGCUUGAAAAGUUGAUGUUCGAGGAACUGCGAAAUGCCUGUCGAGGCGGAGGCUUUGGGGGAUUUCUGCCAGCGGUGAAGCAAAUUGGAAAUGUCGCAGCUCUCCCUGGAAUAGUGCAUAGGUCCAUUGGACUUCCUGAUGUCCACUCUGGAUACGGCUUUGCCAUUGGGAACAUGGCUGCCUUCGAUAUGAGCGAUCCUACAGCAGUUGUUUCACCAGGUGGUGUGGGCUUUGACAUCAACUGCGGCGUGCGGCUGCUGCGGACCAACCUGGACGAGUCCGACGUGCAGCCAGUGAAGGAGCAGCUGGCCCAGGCCCUCUUCGAUCACAUCCCUGUGGGGGUUGGCUCCAAGGGGGUUAUACCAAUGAAUGCCAAGGACUUGGAGGAGGCUCUGGAGAUGGGUGUGGACUGGUCCCUGAGGGAGGGCUAUGCCUGGGCGGAGGACAAGGAGCACUGCGAGGAGUAUGGCAGGAUGCUGCAGGCCGACCCCAACAAGGUCUCCUCUAAGGCCAAGAAGAGAGGCCUGCCCCAGCUGGGCACCCUGGGUGCUGGGAACCACUACGCGGAGAUCCAGGUGGUGGACGACAUCUACAACGAUUACGCCGCUAAAAAGAUGGGCAUUGACCACAAGGGGCAGGUCUGUGUGAUGAUCCACAGCGGGAGCCGUGGCCUCGGGCACCAGGUGGCCACAGACGCCCUUGUUGCCAUGGAGAAGGCGAUGAAGAGAGACAAGAUCACGGUGAACGACCGGCAGCUGGCCUGUGCUCACAUCACCUCUGAUGAGGGCCAGGACUACCUGAAGGGCAUGGCAGCCGCCGGCAACUACGCCUGGGUCAACCGCUCCUCCAUGACCUUCCUGACCAGACAGGCGUUCUCCAAAGUGUUCACUACCACCCCGGAUGACCUGGACAUGCAUGUGAUAUAUGACGUAUCCCACAACAUCGCCAAGGUGGAGGAGCACAUGGUGGAUGGCAAGCAGAAGACCCUGCUGGUGCAUCGCAAGGGGUCCACUCGGGCCUUCCCCCCACACCACCCCCUCAUCCCUGUCGACUACCAGCUGACUGGGCAACCUGUUCUUAUCGGUGGCACCAUGGGCACCUGCAGCUAUGUCCUCACAGGCACGGAGCAGGGCAUGACAGAGACAUUUGGCACCACCUGCCACGGAGCGGGUCGCGCUCUGUCCCGGGCCAAAUCCCGCAGGAACCUGGACUUCCAGGAUGUAUUGGAUAAGUUGGCAGACAUGGGCAUCGCCAUUAGAGUUGCCUCACCAAAAUUAGUCAUGGAGGAGGCACCCGAAUCUUACAAAAAUGUAACAGAUGUAGUCAACACCUGUCACGAUGCUGGGAUCAGCAAGAAAGCCAUCAAGCUGAGGCCCAUUGCAGUGAUCAAGGGCUAAAGCCGCCACUCCCACCUGAACACGCCAGGGGCUGCGGUGCUUUACCCAGAAGGCACUCCGUAUGCAAAUCAACAGGAAGUGACAUACUCCAGCUGACUUCACUGGGGGACAGCAGUAGAGGGAAAGGAAGAUGUCAGCAGGGGCUUGUCUGUAAAAUCAGUGGCUGAGAUCAGCAUUUUUGCUAAAGCCUUGGCAUAUAUUACAUUUCCAUCAAUGUGACAAACCCAGGUGUGAUAUUUAUACUUCCUCAGAUGGAUUAAUACAAUGUAAUACAGGUUGGGCCUCUAAUCCAGCAACUACAGAAUGAUUUUAGUUAGGGAGUCUCCUUGUCAUGGGUGGCAGCAAGUUUAUAAUAGCACUUUGGUAUGAAGAAAGACAAGUAGCAUUGGCUAUGCUUACUUAUGCAUGACAUAGAGUGUGUUGCAGUGUUACGCUGUGUGUAUGUUGUUCCAUUUAUUUGGCAUGGAAAAAGUGACACUUGAGAGCCAUGAUACUAAACUCCUAUGGUUCAUAAAAUUGUUUGGUUUAGAACCAGUCAGAUCCCUAGAGUCUUGGGCUAGAGCAACAGCGUGUUUUCACUUGGCAGGAAGAAAUGAGGUCCCAGUUUCUU